GAGCCAAGUAACGUGCCCGACGCGCUAACGCGCGCGUCCGCGCGGUUAUGUGUCACGGCGGCGCGUUGACAUUUCGCGCGGCGGCGAGUACGCGAGGGAAGCCGGUUGCCGCGAGUGACGGGGCGCGCUGAGGCGCGCGGACAUGUCGGCGAUGUCGUGGGGCACGGCCGCGGCCGGUCGGGCCGCGGUGCCAUGGCGUAGAAAAACGCGCGUAUCCCUGCUGCUGCUGCUGGUGCCGCUGGUCGUCCUCGGAUUGCUGCCGGGCACCGUCGUCGGCGAGAGGAGCAAGUCAUACCAGAUGAGCGACGUCUGCAAGAAGUACUUCCUGCGGGACCUCUACAGGAAGAUAGACGGCGCCGUUCUUACGUCGCAAAAUGAGAGGGACCUCGAUUGCGCCAUUACUUUCCAGACUCACAGCAUCCUCCAGCGUUUCAUGCUCCGAUUCGAUCAGCUGCAGUUAGACUGUAACGACCAUCUCUACAUCUACGAUGGCGCGCACGCGGUUGGCAGUUACAAGGCAGACCUAUCCUGCAGGAACACGAAGCAGACCGUGGGCGCGAUUUACACGCGUACCAAUUUCGUGACGUUGAAAUAUGUCACCGACGCCUGGGGCACCAACUCAAAUGGCUUCCGCCUCGUCAUCACGGCCGUCAAAGAUCCGAAGCAUACUUGCAAGGAUUUCCGAUGCACUCAAAAUGAAUUCUGCAUCGAGAUGGAUCUCCUUUGUGACGGCGUGAAUCACUGUGGCGAUGGAUCUGACGAGGCCACCUCUACCCUCUGUGCCAACUCCGAGGCAUCGACGAUCCUAGGCAUGCAGACUACUUGGUUCGCCAUCGCCCUUGUUUUUCUGAUACUCAGCAUGGGCGGUCUGGUAAUGGCGGCGGUUCUCUGCUUUUGCAAGCAGCGUGUUCCUACCCCGAGGCACCCCCAUAACGCGCACAACACUCAGUCUCAUCCCCCAGUCAGCUUCCCAUGGAUUCCAAGCUCGUCGAGGUUCGUCGAGUACGUGACGUCGCUCAAUCGUUGCGGAGUUUCGCUUGCAACGAUGAACCAAUCGUUGCAGCGGCCAGUUCCCACCAGACAGUCGCCUGGAAUCAUUCACAGACGCUUCUUCGCGCGCUACCGUGGUCAAGGUGGAGCUCCUGACGGGUACGAGAUGACGGUCGUCAACCGGAGCGGUUAUCCGCCAAUUUGGACGAUUCUUAUAAUUCUCCUCGUGGUUUGCGAGUCUGCCAUGUCCGCGAGCACGCAGACCUUCGUCGUGAGCAACACGUUGGACGACCAGCUCGGUAAAGACUACUUCGUGGGACCGUGUCUGGUAAACACCAAUCAAACCUGUCCUGACGAGGAAGUGACGUUCUACCUUUACACAAGAUUCAAUCCGGAAGAGGGACAACAACUUCUAGUGAACGCUACGAGCUCGAAUCUUGCCGAUACCAAUUUCGUGGCAGCAGCGCCCACGAAGAUUAUCGUUCACGGAUACAAUUCGGACAUGCAACUGGGAUAUCUGGUGGAUAUCAGAAACGAGUACUUAAAGAGAGGCAAAUAUAAUCUCAUAGCGGUCGACUGGCAUCGUCUGGCGACGGCGCCGUGUUAUCCCAUGGCCGUUCACAACGUGCCUCACGUGGGCGAUUGUCUGGCGCAGCUGGUCGAUCGUCUCAGAGACUACGGUGCCGCGGAUAUCCAUAUAAUCGGUUUCAGCCUUGGCGCACACGUGCCAGCAUUCGCGGCCAAUGUGCUGCGUCCGUAUCGGUUGCCAAGGAUCACCGGCCUCGAUCCGGCAAUGCCGCUCUUCAUCACCGUUAAUAAGGAUGAGAAACUCGACUCGAGCGACGCCGAAUUUGUCGACGUGCUGCACACGAACGCCUUUAUUCAGGGCAAGAUCGAACCGAGCGGCCACAUCGACUUUUACAUGAACGGUGGAGUCAACCAGCCUGGAUGCUGGGAGCAUGGGAAUCCAUUCGGAUGUAACCAUCACAGAGCGGCCGAGUAUUUCGCCGAGUCGAUCAACUCGAAGAUCGGUUUCUGGGGCUGGCCCUGUUACGGAUUCGUGUCUUAUCUGCUGGGUCUCUGCCCGCCAAAACAUCCUGCGGUGCUGAUGGGCGAGGAUGUCAACAAGAGAUAUCGGGGUUUUCAUCUGGUGAAGACGAAGGCGCAGAGCCCGUUCGCGGAGGGGAUAUUCACGGUAGAGGAUCUUUACCAGCAGGAUCUUUAUCAGUGAUUGCAUGCGAGCAAUGUCGACGGUUCUUCCUCGUGGAAAAUGUUACGACGAGACCGCGAGAGAUCCCGUAUGCAUUGAUGAAACGCGAGGAAAGGGGCGUGAAAAUGUAAGACUCUUCAUAUUAAGACGACGUCGCGUGUCGGGAAGAUUGAGAUAUCUCGGUGAUGUCAAGUACUUUGUCGAGAGAAUAUUGUAAGUGAUCCAACAUAAUUUUGAAGCGAGCU